AUGGACGACCGUGGACGGCCGAUUCGGUCGUCCUCGAGAAGGUCUUCCACUCAGAGAAUCAGACCGCGUCCUCGAGCAUCCAAUCAAUCGCUCCACAGCGCUGGCCGACCACAGGAGAACACGACCUUCACCUCAUUCGAACCCUUUUCACCACCGAAUAACGUCACGUCGAGCUACAACAGCAAUGCGAGUACCAUGGCGAAUGGUCUUGCAGUCAUGAACGGCAACGGUAGCAAUCACGCUGGUCGAGAUGACGCCUCCGUUCGCUCUUAUUCGUCUAGCAAACGGUCCCGUUCAAUCUACGCUCCCGACAGACAAAACUCUCUUGCUGAAGAUAUUUACGGCGAAGUUGCCGCCAGUUCAGGCAACGAGACUGAAGCCGAAGCUGCUUCUGGCUCCGAGCAGGACACACGACCACUUGAACAAGUUUCGGCCGCCUCGCAUUCGCUAAUCAACGUUCUCAAUAUGGCUCCUAAAGACGAGUCUCGCCCACCUCUCUUCAACGACGUCAACGACCAACUCAACAAUCCUCAAGUCCUCCAGAAGUCCGACGACAGGACAAUCGUAGCCUACGUCAAGCGUCAGGGCGGUGCAGGCAAGGUCAUCCGAAGACUGGCCAAAGAUGUCAGCGAUCGUGAUGCUGAGAUCUCACGGUUGCGCAGAAAAGUCGAAGAGUUUGGUACAUUGUUCAAAGACCACCUGAUGGCUGUUCACGAGAUGUCAAGACUGGAGGCCGACAGAACAGUGCGUGAUUCGCCCGUCUUCUCAAAACCAUCCGCAAACGAUCUACAAGAAGAGUUGGAAUCUGCUUCAUCGGACAAUCUCUUUGGCGAAAGCCGUGCUGCUCUAUCUAGUGACUCGCUCACAGUCACAGCCAACACACAAGUCCCUGUCUCGCCUCUUAUCAGGAAAGACGCCUCGGCUAGCCCAAGCUUUCCUUCUGGUUCCUCGACUAUCCGUGCAUCACGCAAUGCUGCCGGCAACUUGAAGGUCGACACAAUGCCUAAGCAGCGAGGUGGCAUUUUCAAUCUGUUUGGUGGUCAGGGCUCUGUCCGCCAGCCAGCCAAACAACAGAAUCGGCAUUCGAUUGCUUCGAUGCUGGACCCGAGGAUGCUGGGCAUUCGCAGUCCAAGCAUCGCACAAACUACUCGUUCAAACUCCAUGUCAUCUUACAAGCCCUUGGAGAUGGAGCAAAAGAUCGAGAAUGAGGAUCUGCCACCACCUCUGCUUGACAUGAAAAUUAUCAAGAUCAUUUUCCGGGCUUUCAUCGCUGACAACUACGGGUUCAUCAUUGAUGGUCCUCGGGUUCAACAGUGGCUCUGGUCUCUGGAGAGACAUAGAUUCGUCCCCAAGAGUCGCACUACUUCCAUCGCCACUCGAGCUACUUCUGGUACCCGUUCUGCAUCAAUUGCUUCUAUUGAGGAGAGCAACGAGGACGCUAUUGACGCCCCGGCCCAAGAAGACGGAACCACUGAGGCCAAUGAAGAGUCUCGUCCGUGGCAUGAAUUUCUCACACUCGAAGUCACCAAACAAGCCUUGCUUUCACGUCUUCCCAUUCAACUCCAUGGCAACAAGAUGACCGACAGUGCUAGCAUCUCUUCGGUCGAGACUGACGAUAGCAUCCCGCGGUUGGAAGACCUUUGCGACCCUGCAGACUUCACCCAACAUGCAGAGCGUCUGCGUGAUGAGAUCUCGACCGAAUACACUCAGCUUCAGGUUGCUAGAGAGCAAGCGUAUGACCGGCUGAUGGCCAAGGUUGAAGAGCCGAAACUUGCUAGCAACAGGUUCUCACGGAUGUUCACCACUGCAUCAGAACCAGUACCCAAGAACCGCGUUGAAGCCAUGGGUACCAGUACUGUGGGCAUUGCGAACCUUGCACAGUCGGGGGUCAGUGGACCCUUUGUGAAGUUUAUUCUCGACGGUGUGCCCAUGAAGAUGCGUGCCAAAAUCUGGCUGGAAAGUGCACAAUCAAGCAUUCACUAUUCGCCUGAGGAUUUCAGUAUGUUGGCUGCUGAAUACAACUCAAAUCCGGAUGACCAAAGAUAUCUACAUGAUAUUGAGAUGGACACGCCUCGUACCCUGACCAACAAUGUGUACUUUCGUAAGGAGAAAAACCAGGAUGCGCUGGCGUUGCUACUCGGCUGCUUCGCCAUCAGGAACAAGGACAUCGGAUACUGUCAAGGCUUCAACAUCAUUGCUGGCUACUUGUUGCUCGCGAUGCCCACCACUGAACAAGCCUUCUGGGUUUUCUGUUUCCUGAUCGAGAAAGUGCUGCCAACGUCAUACUUCACUGCUGAACAUGAUUGGCAAGGCCCUCGCGCUGACACCAUCGUACUGCGUCACUACAUUCAAGCUUUGAUGCCUCGUCUAGGUGCUCACCUCGACGAGCUAGACGUCCUCGAUGAACAGACUGUGCCCAUUAACUGGUUCCUCACAGCCUUUGCAUCCACAUUGUCAGUAGAGGCACUGUUCCGUGUGUGGGAUGUUGUAUUGGGUAUCCCUGGACAGAACCAACAAGUCUUCCUACUGCAUGUGGCCAUCGCGCUUCUGAAGCUCAACGAAGACGAGCUGUUGAAGCUGGACUCGGCUGCCGCUGUUUAUGAUUACAUGGAUCGCAAGAUGGCUAGAGGUGUAGUCACUAUCGAUGGACUGAUUCAAGCGUCCUCAAGAUUGGGACCGAUUGUUACUGCGAAGAGUGUUGAGAAGAGAAGAGCCGAGGCUGCUAAGUCGCUGUGA